CGCGCGGGGGACCCAGACGCUGCUGCGGCGCUCGGCCGCCAGUACCGCCGAGCCGCAAGGGCUGCAGCACCUGUCGGCGCGCCGGGGACCGGGAGCCCGCGCCGGGCGGCGGCGGCCAGCAGGGAGCGGAGCGCGGCGGCGCGGCUCAGCCUCCGGGGGCGCGGAGAAUGCGGACGGGGUCGGGAUGAGCCGGCCCGCCGCGGAGGUUGGGGCUCUGCUCGGAAAAGCGCGCGGGGACGACCUCGGCUGCCCCCCAGUGUAACCCCAGCUCUGUGAAGGUUCAGGGGUUGGCAGAGGGGACCGAGAAGACCAUGAAAAUGGACACGGAGGAUGCAGAUAUGACUCAGUUGACAGAGGCUGAGUUUGAAGAGAAAUGUACCUACAUCGUGCAUGACCACCCCUGGGACUCCGGGGCCGAUGGAGGGACCUCGGUUCAAGCAGAAGCAUCCUUACCUAGGAACCUGCUUUUCAAAUAUGCCACCAACAAAGAGGUUAUUGGCGUGACGAGUAAAGAAUAUAUACCAAAGGGAACACGAUUUGGUCCCCUAAUAGGUGAAAUCUACACCAGUGAUACAGUUCCCAAGAAUGCCAACAGGAAUUAUUUUUGGCGGAUUUAUUCCCGAGGGGAGCUUCACCACUUCAUUGAUGGCUUUAAUGAGGAGAAAAGCAACUGGAUGCGCUACGUGAAUCCAGCAUACUCUGUCCGGGAGCAAAACCUGGUUGCGUGUGGGGAGCAAAACCUGGCUGCGUGUCAGAACGGGAUGAACAUCUACUUCUACACUAUUAAGCCCAUCCCUGCCAACCAGGAACUUCUUGUGUGGUAUUGUCGGGACUUUGCAGAAAGGCUACAGUACCCUUAUCCUGGAGAGCUCACAAUGCUUAAUCUCACCCAAACGCAGAACAGCAACCCAAAGCAACCAAGUGCUGAAAAAACUGAGCUCUGUCCAAAGAAUGUCCCAAAGAGAGAGUACAGCGUAAAAGAAAUCCUGAAAUUGGACUCCAACCCCUCCAAAGGGAAGGACUUGUACUGUUCUAACAUUUCACCCCUUGCUUCAGAAAAGGACAUGGAUGACUUCAGGAAAAACCGGAGCCCCGAUAUGCCCUUUUACCCUCGGGUCGUGUACCCCAUCCGGGCCCCUCUGCCAGAAGACUUUUUGAAAGCCUAUGGGAUGGAGAAGCCGACUUACAUCACUCACUCUCCCAUUCCGUCCUCCACGACUCCAAGUCCCACAGCACGAAGCAGCCCUGACCAAAGCCUGAAGAGCUGUAGCCCUCAUCGGAGCCCAGGGGACACAGUGUCACCACUGACUCCUGGCUCUCAAGACCAUCGGGACUCCUACACCUACUUGAAUGCCCCCUAUAGCACUGAAGGUCUGGGCUCUUACCCCGGAUACCCACCCCCUCCCCACCUGCCACCGGCUUUCAUCCCCCCGUACAACGCUCACUACCCCAAGUUUCUGCUACCCCCCUACAGCAUGAAUUGCAAUGGCUUGAGUGCGGUGGGUAACGUGAACGGCAUCAACAACUUCAGCCUGUUCCCUAGGCUGUACCCGGUGUACGGUAACCUCCUGAGCGGGGGCAGCCUGCCUCACCCCGUCCUCAGCCCAGCUUCAUUCCCCAGCUCCCUGCCCUCCGAUGGAGCCCGGAGGCUGCUCUCUCCUGAGCAUCCCAGGGACGUGUUUGUCCCAGCACUCCGCAGUGCCUUUUCCCCUACCGGGGCAGCCGCCAGCAUGAAGGACAAGACGUGUAGCCCCCCGAGCGGGUCUCCAACGGCGGGCACAGCUGCCACGGCAGAGCACGUGGUACAACCCAAUGCUACCUCAGCGGUGAUGGCCACCCCCAGCAGUGACGAAGCCAUGAAUCUCAUUAAAAACAAAAGAAACAUGACUGGCUACAAGACACUGCCCUACCCUCUGAAGAAGCAGAACGGCAAGAUUAAGUACGAGUGCAACGUGUGCGCCAAGACUUUCGGCCAGCUCUCAAAUCUGAAGGUCCACCUGAGAGUCCACAGUGGAGAACGGCCUUUCAAGUGUCAGACUUGCAACAAGGGCUUUACACAGCUUGCCCACCUGCAGAAACACUACCUGGUUCACACGGGAGAGAAGCCACAUGAGUGUCAGGUCUGCCACAAGCGAUUUAGCAGCACCAGCAAUCUCAAGACCCACCUCCGACUCCACUCAGGAGAGAAACCUUACCAGUGCAAGGUGUGCCCUGCCAAGUUUACCCAGUUUGUGCACCUGAAGCUGCACAAGCGGCUACACACCCGGGAGCGGCCCCACAAGUGUGCCCAGUGCCACAAGAGCUACAUCCAUCUCUGCAGCCUCAGGGUCCACCUGAAGGGGAACUGCCCUGUGGCCCCCGCCAGUGGGCUGCCCUUGGAGGACUUGACCCGAAUCAAUGAAGAAAUUGAGAAGUUUGACAUUAGCGACAAUGCUGACCGGCUUGAGGACAUGGAGGACAACAUUGAUGUGACCUCAGUGGUGGAGAAAGAAAUUCUGGCCAUGGUCAGAAAAGAGAAAGAAGAAAGUGGCCUGAAAGCAUCUUUGCAAAGAAACGUGGGGAAUGGACUCCUGGCCUCAGGGUGUGGCCUGUAUGAGUCAUCAGAUCUGUCCCUCAUAAAGCUGCCUCACAGCAGCCCACUACCUCUGGUGCCUGUCAAGGUCAAGCAAGAGACAGUUGAACCCAUGGAUCCUUAAGCGUUGCGGGAGACAAGUGUUUAAGUGAUGACUUGGCGAGUCAGGGUGCCUGCAGCGAAUUGCUGGUGCGUGAUUCCAGAUCUGCAAAGCUCUUCCCUCCCCCUCUGGAAUUGAAGGACUCCAAAGUUACUGAAAUCUCAGGGUAUAAAUGAGACAAAAACUCACUCUCUUGAUAAACAUAUAUAUAUAUAUAUACAUAUAUAUACAUAUUAUAUAUACUUAUUUACACCCAUGUCUAUAUAUUUGAACCUGUGUAUUUUGAAUAUUUGUGUGGAUAUGUUUGCAUAGCUUUCCCAUUACUAAGACUAUUGACUAACCAUAAUUAUUUUUUCAAUGAUAAUCCUUCAUAAUUUAUUAUACAAUUUAUCAUUCAAAAGGCAAUAAUUAAGGAAGUUUACAAUGACUGGAAAGAUUCCUUGUAAUUUGAAUCCAAGCAUAUUUCUGUCUUGUGGCCAUUCUUUGUAGAAACUUCUGCACAUCUUUUUAAGUACCUAAGACUUAGUAGACUGAUGCAUUAUUUCGGUCAGCUUCUCUAUAAUAAUGGUUUGAAGUGAGAUUUCGGUAUUGCCGAGUCAGGCAGUUGAUGUGUUAAUUUAUAGGACUGUAUCAUUUGAACAGCGUUGUAUAACUUGAGAGUGUAUGUGCAGAAUUACCCAGCAACUGGAGUAGAAGGGACAAGAAAAGGAAUCAUAAAUAUUUGUGUUGAUAGUUCAUAUUUUUUUUCUAACCACAAUUUUACCAGGUGACAGGAAAGAUUUGCCAACAUCACUGUUUCUCCAAGAAAGUAGUGUCCUCCCACACAACACCAGCCCCAGAGCCAUAGGACCUGCUGAGUGGCCACAUGACUUUUGAAUCCUAAUGUAUUCUCUGAAAAUGUGAAUAUGAUAAAAAUGCCAUGUUUAAAACCACUGAGAAAUUUUCCCAAAGCACAGGUGGUUUUGUACGUAUGCAAUUUGGGGGCUUGAGUUCAAUGGGGUUCUUUUGGUCAGUUUUUGUAUUUUUAUGUCAAAAUUGCACAGAUGUGGCACUCUUAUCAGGAAGGAUUUGAGGUAGGCUCAGGCCACACUUACAAAAGUAAACAGAAAAAACGGGUAUUCUGGUCACGUUAGGGUAAAAGCGGGUAAUGAACAUUCCUAUCCCAAACACGUCAAUUGUAUUUUUUUCUGUAAGAUUCAGAUUUUCCUCAGUAUUUUGUGUUUUUACAUUUUAUGGUUAAUUUAAUGGAAGAUGAAUGGGCAUUGCAAAAUUGUUCAACAACAAUUACCUCAUUCAGUAUGUCCUGUAGUGCCAGAAGUGAUGUCUUAUCUAGUGAUUUGCUACUCUAGAGGAGAAGCCCAGUGUGCUCCAGAAAGGUAGCUGUUAUUCUGUCUUUACUUUGCUAAGCCCAAAGAUUACCUGUUGGCAUUCAAGGUGUAGCAAAGGGUGAUGUAUAUUUAUAAGUGUAUUUAUACCACUAUACCAUGUGUAUAUAUAAUAUAUUUAUAACCACUUAAAUUGUGAGCCAAGCCAUGUAAAAGAACCUACUUUUCUAAGAGCAAAAAACAAACAAACAAACAAAAAAACCAAGCAAACAAACAAUUCUCUUUCUGAAACUCUGCUUCAUUAACACUUGAAGACCUCACAAUGAGAUCAGUGCUUGGGUCCCUCCCUGUCUGUCACUACUAGAGACUUGCAGAGGUGAGGACCACAUAAUGACCAAGGAGGAGGAGAUCCGUCCAUCCGUUUUUGUCAUGAAGGAUCAUCGGAGACAAACGGCUGGGUUUCUAUUCUGUCGUAUUGAUUAUGUGGUCACAGAAAUAAAGACCUGUUUCUCCACCACUGCACUGUCUUUCCCUCCCUCCUUCCCACAUCCUGGCACAGCACUGUUCAGCCUGUUUUAUGUAGUCAACAGUUUGUUCACAUCCGCUGAUGUCAGCUUUCAAAGAGAAGGACAAUUUUUAAGUCAUCCAGGGAAACACAAGAGCCUUACUUCCCUGUUCGCGUAGCUAUCAGGACUGCCAGUCUCCGUCACCCUUUCUAGGACUCCACCCCAGGCCUCUCGUGCCAGGUAAGCACUCUGCCAGGAGCUGUGCCCAGCCUGAGAGGUGGCUUUGAUGUAUCAGUGUUUGGCAAGCGUACUUAACUGUAAGUAACCCAGAGCCUCACACUGACACCAAAGGCUUUUUAUUCCCAUGUGUUCUUGAAUCCCCUGAAAGUUUUUUAUAGUUAUUUCCUGUUUCUCUUACCAUCUAUCUGUCUUUCCGAGGCCUCUUACAUGUGAAUAUUGAGCCCACAAUCUACAGUGGUUUUAUUUUUUUUUCCUCUACUUAAAACUGACCAAAGUUAUUGACUUUUUACUUUGCUAGACCAACAACUAUCUUAUGUUUACGUACUGGUUUACAUUGUUAUUUAUGUGCUAAUUGUCAAAAUGUAAAUUAAAUAUAAAUGGUCGUGCUUUA